GUCUAAGCUAACCCCGGCCCAAAUCACCUCAGCUUCAAGCCCCGGUCGACCACUCGCCCCACCCCUUGAUCUCUUUACAAGCUCCGGUGUUGGCCUCCCAUGCCGUUGCGCGGGCAAGACGGACCUGCACAGCCCGCAACCAAAAAGAAGGCCGCCCCUCCUCCCCCUCCUUCUCCUCAAGCUCCUUUACGACUUGGGGAAAAGCCCAGAAGCUGCAUUGACGCGGCCGACGAACAGUGCAAUGCGCACACAGUGGGAAGAAGGCAGCGCUUGUGCCUCGUUGUGCCCUUCUUCUGUGUGCAUGUGCUGCCAAGCGCUACCGCGGCCCGCCCAGCGAACAAGAUUGCACUUUUCACUCACCCCUUCUUGCUGCCGCUGUGGAUAAUUGCUUCUUUACGCUCAGCUGCGCCUCCGCAAAGCCCUCUUCUUUUCAACUGGGAACGACCGAGACGUCUCCCUCGUCGGAGAAGCGAGUCCUCCUAUCUUCGGGGGCGACGACAAAUGGGGAAGCGGGCCGGGAACGACGAGGCUUUAUUUUACUACUCAGGCGAAAGACCGAUCAAAACGUCAAGCCAAUUUGUCGCGCUCCGCUGGGCUCUUUUUCGGAUGCCGUCAAGACGUCGACUGGGCUAAGGAUGUGCUUGGACCGCGGCAGACGUAUGCGAUGGUAGUGCUGAGGCGCGGUGAUGACUUGGGCGUGUCUAUGUGAUUUUUGCAAGCUAAGGUAAGAUUGGGGGAGGAGGCCCCGGCAAAUCUUCCUCUUUCCCGUCGUAGUGUCCCUCAAUCAGCUAGUAGCAGUAGUAGUACGUGUAGUAAUUGUAGUAAAGAGUGCCUGCUGCAUUUUUGCGAC